AACAAGGCGAGGGAGCGCGGCGGGGCUGAGCCGGGCAGAGCAUCCUCCGCCGCGGCAGGACGAAGCGGCCCUCCGGGCAGGAGCGAAGUUUGCGACUGGAGUUGCAGUGGAUGCAUGCUGAUAGCAUGAUGGAAGAGACAGAAAAAUUUUCCUCUCUGAAUUCCCUGGCUAAAUACUAUCCUGUUAAGGAAGCUGACAAAACUGAUCAAAGUGGCAAAGCCCAAAGGAAUGACGGAAACCAAGGAACGAUGCAACUGAAAAAAGAAAUCUCUCUUAUUAAUGGGAUCAGCUUAAUAGUAGGAAACAUGAUUGGUUCAGGUAUCUUUGUUUCCCCCAAAGGAGUACUUAACCACAGUGCAUCAUAUGGAUUGUCACUAGUGAUUUGGGCAAUUGGGGGCAUUUUUUCAGUCAUUGGAGCUCUCUGCUAUGCUGAACUUGGAACCACUAUCACUAAGUCAGGGGCCAGUUAUGCAUAUAUCUUGGAGGCCUUUGGAAGCUUCAUUGCCUUUAUACGCCUGUGGACUUCGCUGCUGAUAAUUGAGCCAACCAGUCAGGCAAUUAUUGCAAUAACUUUUGCCAACUACAUAGUGCAACCAGUCUUCCCUUCUUGUCAACCUCCGUAUGUUGCUUGUCGACUUAUUGCAGCUGCAUGUAUAUGUCUUCUAACCUUUAUAAAUUGUGCCUAUGUUAAGUGGGGAACCAGGGUUCAGGAUGCUUUCACCUAUGCCAAAGUCACUGCCCUUAUUGUGAUCAUCGUAACAGGAGUUGUUAAACUAUCCCAGGGAUACUCGCAACACUUUCAGGACUCUUUUGAGGGAUCGUCUUGGAACCUUGGGGGCAUUUCUCUUGCACUUUACUCUGCCUUGUUCUCAUACUCAGGUUGGGACACGCUUAAUUUUGUAACUGAAGAAAUAAAAAAUCCCGAAAGGAACCUGCCACUGGCGAUUGCAGUUUCUAUGCCAAUUGUGACAGUUAUCUACAUUUUGACCAAUGUAGCUUACUACACGGUGCUGGAUAUUAAUGCUAUACUUUCUAGUGAUGCAGUGGCAGUGACAUUUGCUGAGCAAGUGUUUGGAGUGUUCAGUUGGAUCAUCCCAAUUGCUGUUGCCUUCUCUUGUUUUGGUGGACUCAAUGCUUCUAUUUUAGCAUCAUCUAGGCUGUUCUUUGUCGGAUCCAGGGAAGGUCACCUUCCUGACCUCCUGUCAAUGAUCCAUAUAGGAAGGUUUACACCAGUACCUGCACUUCUCUUCAAUUGUUCUAUGAGCCUCAUAUACUUGAUUGUAGAAGAUGUCUUCCAGCUGAUUAACUACUUCAGCUUCAGCUAUUGGUUUUUCGUGGGACUAUCAAUUGCCGGGCAGCUCUACCUCCGUUGGAAGGAACCAGAUCGGCAUAGGCCACUCAAGUUGAGCCUGUUUUUCCCAAUAUUCUUCUGCAUAUGCUCAAUAUUUCUGGUGGUUGUGCCGCUCUACAGCGACACGAUUAAUUCCCUGAUCGGCGUUGGCAUUGCUCUCUCUGGGAUUCCGGUGUACUUCAUGGGAGUUUCCCUGCCUGUUUCCAAAAGACCUCCCUUUAUCAGCAAAAUUUUAGGCGCUCUCACCCGAGCCAGUCAGCUGCUUUGUUACUGCGUCCUGACAGAAAUGGAUACUUCUGAAGAAACUCUAGAGACCAAGUCUCAAUAGUGAUGCAAGGGACUAGAACACAAAACAAGCCAUGGGAGAGAGAGACCACGCCAUCCCUGCAGUGAGGGCACACAGGAAACGAGACUGGAAUCAAGAAGAGUCCUCCUUUUUUUUUUCCCGACCAUGGGUUCUUGCCCAGAUCAUACUGUGUCAUGAUCUAGGGUUGGGAUUUUGAGUGUGGGCUUUUGUUUUUUGUAAACUGUGUUUGAAAGGCCAGCCUCCUCAGGCAUAGAACUCAUCCUGAAAAAUAAGAAAUGUUUCUUUGACAGCAAACUGAGCAUCUGAAUCAAAGAGUUCAAACAUUUGGUUAACUUGAAUUCUGAGCAGCAUAGCAGCAACUUUUUUUAUUGUUUUUUUUUGCCCGUUCCAAACGAGUUUAAAAGGCACCAACGCGAGGUAGAUUUUGACUAGAGACCUCUGUGGACUGAUGUCUGUGGCAAUCUGAUCCAUCACAGGUGUUGAAUUUGGCAUAGAAUUUUGCCUUUGAUCACUGCUGGGAAUUCUUAUCUGCAGGCAGAGGAUACUUUUGUGACAUACCUAUGGACUGUGGAACUUGUGGCUCUGAAGCUGCUGUUCACACACUUGAACAUGGAAACAGUUUUAUUUUUAUUAGGUACAAUCAAAGUUAAUUUUUUUAUGCUGAAGAAGAGUCUGGCAGGCUUUGCUUGGAUGGUUCAAAUUGGAACCUUUAGAGUAGCAUAUUAGGUCUUUAAACACUUCAAAAGGCUGAAGAUACCAGAGCAGGGACUGGCUGGUCAGUUUGUGUUCUUUUUUCAACACUAUUUAUUGUAUAGUUAAUAAUGAGUGCUUAUCAGAGACCUUUCCUGUAUUUAAAUACUUUCUUUUUAUAAAGCAAAACAAUUUGGCAAUGCAAGACUGGAAUUCGCCAAGUACCUGAAUACUGUGCAAAAUCUUAUAUGCAGAGGUCACUAAGCCAUUUUUCACACACCUGGCUUCCCUGAGAUGUUUAAUGCAAAAAGGUGAUAAAUGGCUGCACUCCACAAGUGGGGGGGAAAUUCAUCCAGGCCGUGGAAGUAGGCAAGAAGGUCUGUGUGGUCUGUCUCUUGGUGCCAGGUUAUCUUCCUGGGGAGAAAAUGUUAAUUUCUCCCUCUCUCCUCUUACCCCACCCCCCAUGUGUAUCUUGUCAGAUUCAAUGAAAUAAUUUUUAAAAAAUCUUAAGUGCUGAGGUGAAGACCAAAGGUUUUACCAGAAGAAUCUUCCUCCUCCGUGGAUAGCUUUUAUGUGGCCAGUGGAACUGUGUGUGUGUGCGUGCAUUUAAUUAUAUUUUUUCCCAGAAUUAGACAUGGUUGAUCAAAUAUAGUUUAAUUGUAGCUGUGCACCAGCCUUCUAAAAGUGUGAUUAAUAUAGCUGGUGCUUGAAAAAGAAACUUUCCAAAUGUCCUACUUUUGAUUCAGUUGGAGGAACUCUAAAUUUUAUAAACAAGGUUUAUGUUUGUGGCAAGAAGCUGGGACCAUCUUCACUACUUUUUGUUUUUAGCACUUUGAUGUUGUAGCUGGAUUUAUAAUUUAAUCUGUCUAGACAUUAUUCAUUUAUUUUAACAGUGGAAAA